AUGAAGUGUCCGGGUGGUCGCAAACUGUUCCGAGAGUUCCUAAGAUCUGAAUACAGCGAAGAAAACAUGUUGUUCUAUCUAGCUUGUGAAGACCUCAAAAAGGAGGAUAAUCCAGAGCUCAUAGAGGAAAAGGCACGACUAAUUUAUGAGGAUUAUAUAUCUAUAUUAUCGCCUAAAGAGGUUAGUUUAGAUUCCCGCGUGCGGGAAGUUAUAAAUAGAAACAUGGUUGACCCCACGCCUAAUACAUUCGACGAAGCCCAGCUUCAAAUCUGGACAUUAAUGCACCGAGAUUCCUAUCCACGUUUCCUCAACUCUUCAGUGUAUAAAAAACUUCUUCAGCAAUUGUCCUGA